ACCAACAUAUUUAUCUAAUGAUUCUAAGAAUCAUCCUAGUGAUGACAUGUGGCUACAAAAAUAAGUUGUAAUGUUUCUCAAAUAAUAUAUAGGGGAUAUACAUUGUUGGUGUUUCAAAAAAGAAAAAUCAAUAUACAUUGUUGGCAUACACGGUUCAUAUGUAUUUAGUACGUUGUUGGAGUUUUUAUUUAUAUAUCAUCAUGAAACUAAAAUGCUCACGUGUUAAUUUAUUGUAUAGUAUUUAUUUUCUUCGUCAAUUAUAGAUUUGACGAGUCCAUGGGGAAAAUGAAUAUUUGGUAAUAAAUAAAACAUAGAAGUAAACAAAAUAAAGAAAAAUAAAAAGGGAUAAAAUGAAGAAGAAAAGGCAAAAUUCCAUUAUGUUGUUGUGUAAGAAAUAAGAGUAUUUGGUAACCAAUUAAUUACCAUUGACUCCUCUCUCUUUUAAAGUUGGUGGAGAUUGGAGAAGAUAUGUAAUAUCAAUUUUACUUUGUAAAUUCAUCAAAAAAAUAAUUUUUUUUUUUGUAAUUUCGAAGUUUAUUGAACAAUGUCACAACUUCUAUUCCGUCUCUCCAAACUCUCUCACCGGAACAAGGAUGUUUUUAUACAGAAGAGCGUUCGUUUGUUUUCAACCAGCCCUUAUUUGACAGUUUGCAACGUUUGGGAUGAUGCUUUGCGUUUUGUAGAAGGUAACAGCCACUACGGAGGUAUCAUCUUGUUCGAUCCGGCCAAGGAAGAGGUACUCAGAGUCCUGGAAAAAAUAGUUCCACAAGAGCUAUAUAACUCGAGCUUGAUGGGAGCUUCACAAGGAUGGGGUUUUUUCUCUCAACAACGGUCCAAUCAUAACUCUGUAUGUAUCAGCGACCUUUAUAAUCCUCUGCCUUCCAAAUCAAACACCAAGAUGAUUCCUCUGCCUCCGCUUACUAGUGUGCUCUAUGGUCAAACCAAAGUUGUCUGGAACGUGGCAAUGUCCUCCUCUUCCCCUCAUGAGGAAGAUUGUGUGGUGGCUAUCAAGUUCUUGGGUAGGCAACUGAGUAUGUGCAAGCCUGGUCGUGACCACGCUUGGACUAACAGACUAAUCCCUUUCGACUGCGCCGAAAACUCUAAUCUCAUGUAUUCAAAGAAAGAUCAAAGGUUUUAUUUGCCUGCCCCUGGAAGCAACUACUUGUGCUCUUGGGAUCUCCAUAACAACGACCCUAAGUUCAAUGAGUUGGUGUUUCAUAACCUUCCCCAGUUGCCACAUUCUGCAUGGGAGGCGUUAGAUUCUUGUUUCAGGGAGGACCAUUGGGUGGAGUCACCUUCCGGUCAAAGUUUCCUAGUCAGAUGGUAUUCAGCUGUCCCUUCUCUACGAAGCAAAGACCCGAUAGUGAUGGUGUUUAGAGAGGAGGAUCAAGUCACAGCGAAAGGAACAAGAAACAUGUGUUACACCGAGGACAUUGGAGAUCUUUGCAUCUUCCUUUCAAAGAGUGAUCCUUUCUGCGUUGUGGCAAGCUCCUGCUCUGGUCUCAAACCCAACUCUAUUUACUUGAUGGGCCGUCGCUUUGCUGUUUGUGAUCUCACCACCGGAACUGUUAGUCAUUUUGAUGAUCCUAACGAUGUUCAAAAAAGGAUUCCUUUCUUCCCUUUCUGGCUUCCUCCCUUUUCCAACUAGUUGGGGUGUGUUUGCCACUUCGGUUUUGAUUGCUAUGAUCUAAAGUUUAAGACGAUCUUCAUGUUCAUUUUUGACUCUGUUAAUUAGUUUAUGGUUUGUUACACUUACUCUAAAAUAUUGGCCAACAUAUCACAUUAUGAUUAGAUUAAUAGAUUCAUUGUAAAAUAAAUGUACUUAUACGCACACAGGUAUGCCGUGAGGGAAUGUCCAACCCUAUUCCAUUUUUGACUCUAAACUUAAU